AUGCGAAACUUUGAAGCCAUGACCUGCGAGUCAUGUAAGAUAUUCUUCCGAAGACAUGGACUUAAAAAUCAGCAAUUAAUUUGUGCCUCAAAUGGUAAAUGCGAUAUAAAUGUAAUGACGAGAAGUUUGUGUAGAAAAUGCAGACUUGAAAAGUGUUUCGCUGUCGGCAUGAAAAAGGAAUUAAUACGAAGUGUCGAUCAAAACAAUUAUAGAAAAGCAUUGAUUAAAGAAAAUAAAUCAAAACAUAAACUCAGCGAUGAAUCCCAUAAUUGCGAUGAUUUCUCAUCAAAUAAUUCACAAAACAAUUCAAUUAUUAGCGACACAACUAUUGACGAGAACUUUACGACUGAUUCAUUAGACAAUAAUUUACUUGAUUUUGAUGAUAUUGAUUGGGAUGUGAAUAAUUGCCAUCUGAACGGAUUCAACAAUAUCUGUGCCGAAGACAGGCAUAUGCUUAUGAAAUACGGGACCAAAGAUCAGCUUUUAAUCCGUUGUCUUAAGUACUAUAAUAAGGAUAUUAAAAGUUUCAUAAUACCAAUAGAUCGUGAUCAUUCAAUACAAUAUAGUUUGGACUUAUAUAAACUGCUUGACUUUAAGACCAUGAUGGAAAUAUAUUAUGAAAAACUCGAACAACAACUGUAUAUAUAUUUACUCCAAAGAUAUCUACUAUUGAAAUACCGCUCGGAAUCCGAUUCACAGACAAAAGGGUCCGUAAUAAGUUGGUCGAUGAGGGCAAACACUUUGGCCGCCCAUAACAACCCCGAUAUCCGCUGUAACUCGACGUCGAUUUCGUUGCAAUUAUGGGAAGAGAUGGCUAUUGUUGUGGUCGUAGUCCUCGUCUCCUGUGCUGAGGGUUUCGAUGUUUUCAGUAGUUUUUGUCGGCGUUUCUCUUCGCCCAUCCGUCGUCUCCACUCGUUUUCCUCAUCGCUUCAUUUAAUUACGGAUUUCAUUCCGACGGCCAAACACUUGUCGAGACGACAUUUCGGGCAAUAUUUUCUGGUCUCUGGUGUUAUAAUGCAAUCGCCGAAAAACUUUUAA